ACGGAUUCUUCGAUGAGAUUCGGGCGCCAUGCCUUGAGCUUGCUGUGCGCCGAUGCAUUGCUGCCGGAGCGGCUUCAGGGGCAGCACUCCCAAUUUCCUUUGGACAUUUUUUGGCCGCAGAACCGGUGGCAUUUAUUUGCCCAAAUCUUGCCCUUCACGCCUGUCCACCUGGAUCAGAUUCUUUUGGAUAUUUUGACCUUGGCUGCAGUUCCUCCUUAUCCCUGGGGGCAUCUCUUUUAUCAUGAAGUCCUUCGAGAGGCACUUGAACUAGGACACACAGAGGGCAACUUUGCUGAAUUUGGCAUUGGCCUCGGCGGCACCUCGCUCUUCUUUGGGCAAAUGGCCAAAACCUACGGGCGACGCUUGCUGGCAGUGGACUCCUUCCGUGGCUUGCCACAGCCGGACCCGCUCCUUGACGAAGCCUACUUCGCCGCUGGCGACUUCCGGACUGAUGGUGACGAGCCUUUGAAUGGUUCGAAGGCCUUCCAGGAAUUGCUGGAAAACUUUGGCCUUGAAGAACAUGUGGAGGUUUUGACCAGCUCCUUUGCUGACGUGGUGGCGCCUGCCAACUUCCAAAAGCUAGCCUUUGUACAUAUUGAUGGGGAUCUCUACCACUCGGUUUGGGAUGCCUUGGAGAAGGUGUGGGAUUUGGUGGUUCCGGGUGGAAUUGUAGUGAUCGAUGACUUCUUCCACAAAGUCCAGGGCCCUGCGCGUGCCACCGCUGACUUCUUUCAGUUGAGGGGCAUUGUCCCAUUGCUCUACGUGGUUCCGGCCUAUGCAGUGCUGGUGAUCAAACCAUCUGAGACUGGAUGCACAAAGCCACCUUUUCCACGUGCUUUGGACGGAAAUGUCUAUUCCUUCGAGUUGAUGCGAAGCUUCCGGCCCUUUGUCGAAGUUGUAGAAAGAUCAGCAUUGCGGAGUGUUGGUCGUGCACGUGAAAACGCGGAAGACUUUCUGGAGUUUCUUCGAUAUCCCAACAGCGCAGCCCCGAGUGGCACUGAUAUCCUAAGAUAUUUGGCACCGUUGGAAGACAUGCUGGACCUCAGUGACGGAAUCGGACCUUGCCCAGCUGCCCGAGAGGGCAGGAAGGUGCAAAUACCCAGAAGAAAGCGCUUGGAGCACAAUUUCACUCAGUGUGACCUGUUGAAGUCGGCAGAUGCAUCAAGAAGCACAUCUUGCGACGAGCACCGCGCAUUUACAGACGCAGCACGCCAUCAUGGAGCAGAUGAAUUGCAGGCAGCAAACGUGGAUGGCCUGGCGGGCUGAAGAACACCAAGAAAACAUCAGUUUUGAAGACUCCUUGAACAGCCAAGAUCAUUGACCUGGCAGAGAACCUGGACAUGUCUCGACCAACCACAGAUUCAAAAAACGCAGAGAUCCUGGACCAAAUUGCACUUCUGAAGCGCUUAGCAGGCCUAGCAGAAACAGUGGAGGCGA